AUGAAUAUCGAGGAAAACAAAGACUUUAAGAACGAGCUCGAGGAGCACGAAGCAGCACCAGACACCGGUAAUGGGACGACUGUUGAUUUAGAAACUUACAACAACGAUGACGACGAGUUCGGUGGCUAUGAAAACAGGAAAAAGAUGGAGCGAAAACUUGUUUUUAAGACAGAUUUGAGGAUGAGCAUUAUGAUUAUCAUCUACAUUCUCAAUUACAUUGACAGAAACAACGUGCCUGCUGCACGCUAUCAAGGAUUGCAAAAGGACUUGGAACUUGGCGUUGGUCAGAGAUACGAAACUGUCAUCAGCAUUCUUUACGUAGGCUACAUCCUUAUGCAAAUUCCCUCCAACGGUUUGAUCUCAAUCAUCAAUCGACCAUCGCUUUAUAUAGGCGCUGCCAUGAGUAUAUGGGGAACGAUCAGUGUACUCACUGGUAUUACGGAGAACUAUGUUGGUAUUCUGAUGACAAGGUUUUUCCUUGGCUUCAUUGAGGCUGCUUUCUUACCGGGUGCCAUGUUCUUGCUAUCUAAAUGGUACAAAAAGAACGAGCUGGGUGUCAGAAUGACUUUACUUUACUGUGGUAAUCUCAUAUCAAAUGCCUUCGGUAACCUCAUAGCCGCUGGUAUUGUCAAUGGAAUGGAAGGCAAACUAGGACAUAGAGCUUGGAGGUGGCUGUUUUACAUUGAAGGCGCGCUUACAAUAUUUGUUGCUGUUUGCUCAGUUUUUAUUUUACCGGAUUUUCCCGAAACUGAGAGAUUCUUAUCACCAUUGGAGAGAAAACUAGCUAUCCGUCGUAUGGCUGAAGAUGCUGGAAAGGUGGAUUCAGUCGGUGGAAAGAAAGAGGUGCUCGAGGGUAUGAAAAUGGCCUUAUCUGACUACAAAGUCUGGUGGUUGGCCUUAACACUCACAGGUAUGGUCAUAGGUUUGAGUUUCAACAUCUAUUUCCCCACUCUUACGAAAAACAUGGGAUUUGAGGGUACUAGAGCUCUUUUAAUGUGCGCACCGCCAUGGAUCUUCGCAACUUUAGUCGCUUUCCCUUGGUCAGUUAACUCUGACAGAUGCCAAGAGCGUACAUUCCACAUUUUAGUUUCAAACCUGAUAUCCAUCGCUGGAUUCAUAAUUGCUUUGGCAACUACAAACCAGGCCGCUAGGUAUGUUGCCUUGUUUUUGAUGACUCUGGGCUACUGUGGUUUCAUAUGCGUUUAUGCAUUCACUGCAAGCUCAUUUAUUCGCCCGACAUCGAGACGUUCAGUUGCCAUAGCCUUUGUUAAUGCUUUCUCCAAUAUUGGUAAUAUCGCUGGUAGCUACAUAUGGGAUGCAGACAAAUUCGGCCCGGACGGUUACAGACAGUCAUACGCAAUUUGCCUUAGCUGCACCGGAUUUUCUUGCUUUGCGAUCCUAGGCUUUAGAUACAUACUGAAGGAUAUCAACAAGAAGAUAGAAAAGCUGGAAGAGGAGUACCCAGGUGUCGACCCAUGGGACGUACCAGAGAAGUUUGAUCGCAAAAUAGAUUACUCUCUACUUGUCAAGCGUGGAUUUAGAUAUAUGCUUUGA